GAGUUCAUUAAGCGUUGCUGCGGGAGGAGAGGCGGGUAAAAGUGUAAACAGAUCCAUCCCGGUGCCGAUUCGUUCAGUUUGGUGGCUCGCUUGACUAUUUUUUUCGCCAUUUUAUCAUAAGCAAGUGAGCAGAGCUGCUCUUCUUUUUCUUCUUUUAUCGUUUUUACCUAGACUUAAAUAUUACGUUGUUGUCAAACGCAACGACGGUUACAGCGUUAGCUCAAGCUAGCGAGCGUUACAGCUCAACAGCUAACGUUAGCAAACACUGAUCAUUCAAGGUGUCAACGGUAUAUUUAAGUUGGUUAAUCCUUAAACUCUGUACUAGUUACCUACCGCGCCCGAUGAAACUUGAUGGAGGCCUACGAAGAGUUUGUGCAGAAUCGCCUCUCCCAUCUGAGGAGAAGUGAGGAGAAAGACAACAAACGUCCACCUGCUGCUUCUCUUAUCCGCUUCUAUGGACAAUCAAUCCUUCCUCCCCUCCUCUCAGGAAAGCAGCGAGAGGAGAUGCAGCGAGACAGAGAUGCAGCGACACAGAGAGCUGCUGUCCACAAGAGGACGACGUGCAACGAGGAUUCAAGAAUGGCCUUUGUUCAAACUAUCUUACACAGUGUUCAGCUGAGGAAGACGCCAACACUAGAAGAGCUGCUUCAUGAGUCUGAGAUGAGCACAAAAUCCUCAGAUUCCCUUAACGCCAUCGAUGGUGCAGACUCACAGUGCAGUUUAUUCACAGGACCGAACGACGGUACUUUGCUUUCACCACCACCCGAAAGGAAAGGACAGGAUGGUGUUUCUCUUCCUCCCUUGACAUCAGCAACAUACAGUACCUAUUCUGCCACAGUGACACCUCAGCCAAGUUACCAUGAAGGAUGCCUUAUCGCCCAGCAUUAUAGCCAGCAGGGAUCACAGCCAAUCCACCAGCCGGUGUCCUCUGGUUGUUCGACCCAGGAGAAUGUGGAGAACAUCCCCAGUGUUUCUGCAAGGUUUGAUGCAGAGAGAGAGAGCCAUGGCUUUGGCUCGUCGGAGAAAGCCUAUAAUAAUAAUAAUAAUAAUAUGGGUGGCUUUUUCCUUCGCAACACCUCAAACACAAUCACCAAAAUGCCAGAUAUUAUUAGCUACCCGCCCAUAGAUGGAGAGGAAUUGGAAAGGAGUGGAUUGGAGUCAUCCUUUUGUAAUAACUUAAUAGUUGUAAAAGACAUUUGUUGCACCUCGUUCCAAGAGGAUUCGGUGAUGCGUGACCCUCCGCCCGAAGAGAAUUCUGAAAGUGUUCAUUUGGGCAGCCGAGAGGGUGCAGAUAACCUUUCCUUUAGCGUAGGACUCGAUGUUGACAAAGAUAACAAUUUGAACAGAGUUGAUGUCCCAGUCUCCUCAUCAGAAAGCAGUCGCCCUACAGACAACCUAGAGCGGCCACAGACACUAAGUGCCGACCGCAGUCCAACAACCGGGUCGCAUUUGGAGCACGACUCCACCGAAUCCGAGCCCGCGGAAUACAACCGUCUGAGGCUCCAGGCCUUGCUAAAGAAAUCUCAGGAGUAUCGGGGGCGCCAGCGGAUGCUCAGGAACCAAGCCAAGAACACCAGAAUUCAGGAGAGGGCCCAAGAACGGACGAGGGCGGAGGAGAGCCUCUCUGAUAAGGAGAAUGACGAGUUCCCUGGCAAAACCACCGUGACCACAGAGGGGAAGAACACUAGAGAGAGGAGGGGCGCCUUUAUCCCGUCUGCGGAAACGUCGCCAAAGAAGUCUCGGAAAAAUGAGAGUAUAAUUGAUAGUGAGUUUUUUGGGGGAAGGGCGAACUUUGAAUCUGAAAGCACACAUUUAACAGGAGAUGAACAAACUAAGGAGAUCGUUACUAUUGAGGAGGAAACCAUCAUCAAAAAUAAUCAGCUGAAUAUUUCCCAAGAGGUGAUAACAGAGCCUAAACAAAUCAGCCCCGUCCUCCUCCAGGAGCGUGCAUCGACAGAGACCUCGCCUAUUCAGGAAGCGCUUCACUUGGCCACCUGUCCCGCCGAGUUGUUUCAUGAUGUAGGGCGGUAUCACAACAUCCCAGUCCCUAAUUUAUGUAAGAGUCCUGUGCGCUGCAAGAGCAAAGGUAGUAUCCAAGAUGGAGAAAUCCUCCAUGGGGCUGAGGCCUCGAAGAAAGUUUUUGUAAAUGAGACGGGUUCGAAUGAAGACUCGAAGGUUAAAGCGUUUCCGCCCGCUGCGAAUCUCAUGGUUGAACAGGAUGUAACGAGCCUGUCAGCCAAGAAAUCCCAGCACAUGGAUCAGCUGGAGUCCAACCUGUCCAGUCUGAAAGUACUGAUCUCGGAUCUGGAGUCCACGCUGACAGAAAACGACCAAACUGAGAGCGACGCUCCAAGUGAGAGAAGUUUUCAAAGCAUCAAGCACUCUCGUCGAAGUGAUUGUGACUAUUGUGCAGAAGAACUGUGGGUUCGUGGCGAUAACGCUGAUCCAGAACAAGACAAAAGUUCCGAAGGGUGGCCGAGAAGACCGUCGUCAGACAAAUUCAAGAAAAUACAGGAAGAUAUUGGACCUGAAGUGAACCACUGUGACACAGACGAUGUUCCGCUCAUCGUCCAGAUAAGAGAAACCAAGGCAGUUAACCGCAGCGAGCUGAGGAUAGUCAAAGCCGUAGCUACAGAGAGAGGGAAGGAGAAAGGUCCGUGGAAAGAAGAACUUCCACAGAGUUGUGGACAACAUGGGGCCAGCAGAAGGCCUCCGGCUAAAUGCAUCCUCUCUGUGACGCAGCGGAUGAGAGUUCCCGAUGUAUUCCGAAAGGCUCCAUACGCGGCCGCGGCUCGGCGUCGCGCAUCGGUGCUUUCGGACUCCAGUAACCGUCCAGCAGAACGCAGGAGCGAGACAGCCGGAGAGAGUCCCGACUCUACCCCAUCGCCGUCCCUCAACCAGUCGUAUGACGUGGAAGCACCGUCCGGCCUGUGGCUCCUUGACGGGUCGGGAUGCGACAAGGGUUUGGAAGGUCCACUCGCUCAGGGGAAACACCUGACACCCGACAGUGGGAGCGAGGGUCAGGGCGGGACAUCCAAGGUCAAACGGAGGCUGCUCAUGCACAUGACGGAGGAGACGCGGGACAGGAGGGCGGACGCCGGCAGAGGAGCAGGCACUCCGACAGUGCCGUGGUACGAAGGCCGUGGCCGUCAAGAAGACAAGCAGGAAGACCUGAAGAGGGCCCACGCUGCUCAGGUCAGAGCCCUGCAGGAUGAGCACCAGAGACAACGAGAGGAACUCGUGCAGACAUUGGCGGUGCGUUACCGCCUCCUCCAGAGCGUGUCCUCUCCUUGCUCCGUGCCAAGCUCACACCUUGGAGACACGUUGACCCCUUCUACCGUCUCUCAGUCGUCCGGCCCAUUCUCAGAGCACCACCACCCCCUGCUGUUAGCAGCUGUCAAAGGCUUCCUGGCUCGCAGGCUUCUGAAGACUGAGAGAGUGGCGCAGCUGGUGCGCACCAUCAGGGACACACAUCAGUUGCUGCUGGCCCUCCAGCAGCGGAGCCCCGGCGGAGCAGAGUAUUCGAGCAGACAGGAUCUUUUAUUGCAGGAGAGAGUCACUCUGCAGCUGCGCGCCGCACGUUACGAGGUCCACGACAUCUUCUUCAGCCUGUCAGCCGGAGCGAGGAUGCAGCUGAUCCGCUGGGACAGAGAGCUGGUCAAGGAGAGAGAGCAGAGACGACGGAGUGUGCACACAGGCCAUCCCAGAGGGAAAGGUUCUCUGUCAACUGCAACGCAAAAAUCCCUGGAGAGAAAGAGAGGAAUGAUGAUGCAGAAAAAAGCAGCAUAAAGGCACGGAGGAGUUGUGACAAAUGAUGGUUAUAAUACUGGAUUCUCUGCCCAAACGCCGCCUGCAACCAAACAAGGAGAGUUCAUAACAAAUCCUCAGAGGCUCCCCAACAGUUCUUACUCUAGACCGUGAUUAAACUCUCCUAUUUGGCUCCUGUGAGGACUCUUAAUACUCUGGCAAAUACCUAAUUAUUGUAUAAUUUAUCAUUUGACUUUCCCGUUGCUUAAGACUACAUACUGUAUCUUUGUAUUUAUUAUCUGUUGUGCACUUCUUUUACACUCUACCACCAGAGUAUACUAUAGUGAUGGGAGUUCCACCCACAUUCACUUUGAGUGGCUGGGAAGUUGAAAAGUUAGCAUGAAGUAAGCCAUGGCUACAAGCCAGCGUGCCACAAUACCAAGACUCAGAAACCAAAACAUCUGCUGGAACAAAGCCACGGUGAAAGAUACUAUUUACACCUCAAAAUGUUUCCUGCUCAUCGGGUUACUUUUUCAGCUGUUUUUCCAUUUGUCUGAUGUUGAAUCUCUACUUUGAGGAUGGACUUGAACAUUAAAUUAUUCUGAUGUCUCAAAUUGAUGUGCCUAAUUCACUGCCACCAAAAACCGUCCAUCUCCAGAUGUAUUGGCUCAUGUUAACUACAUAUAAAGGAAAUUAACAGAUUGUUUUGAGGGAUACAGCGCUUUUACAGAAAUGUCAAUGUGCAGCUUAUAUAUAUAUAUAUAUAUAUAUAUAUUUAUAUAUAUAUAUAUAUAUAUAUAUAUAUUUAGAGACUUGUUUUUUUAUGUUAUUUAUUUGCAUGUCGUUGGUAAUAAACGUUAUCUUAAUCUUU